GAACGAACUUUCAAAAAAGCUCUCGAAGUACUUCUCUUCAUCGAUUUUGCCGAGCUUUGCAACAACAAGUCUCUUAAAUUUUUCUCUUUGCCAAAGAUCCCGAAACAGGUUUUUCUUCGGGAAGUAAUUUAUUAUGCUACGAGAGAUUGCACAAUCCGUGAGCAGAGCUUUUGCUGUGUGCUCUCUUAGAGCUGUACUUCAUCUCGUUCUUUCCAAUGCUUCCACGAUAUACCACUCUCCCUCACACACACAUACACUCUCGACGCAGCCUCUCUCUUUCUCUUGUGCUCUGAGAAAUUCGAAAGAGUUAAACGAUCAACGCAAGCGACGAACCCGCAACCUGCGCGAUGCGUUAUUGUUAGAGCAUCCGUCGGCUACAGACGCAACGUUUGUGACUCGGUUCGCGGCGUGCUGCUGGUGACAAAUGUGUGUUCCUUUACUGAAAGAAAUCAAUAGUGACAAAGCCACCAACUUCCCCAAUACAUGAGGAGACGCACUUUUUCAAUAUAUUUAAUCCCAUCCCAACAAGUGUUUGUCGUACGUGACUCGCGCGCGCGCGUUGGUGAACAGUGUGUGCGUGUGUGUGUGUGGUUCUUCUUAUUGUGCGCGCGUUAUUCGCUGAAACUCACCCCGUUCGGCCUGUAGUUCUGUUUGUUUCGGGCCCGCCUGCUCUGACACGCGGAAGGUUGAUAUAUUAAUUUUCGUUUCGCUUUACGUUUUGCGUUCGUGACCAUUUCUUCCUGCCGCGCCGCGGCGCAGGAUGGCGACGAUCGACGUGUUUGUGGUGUAGCGGUGUCACUGGGAAGGGGCGUCCAAUGGGGAGAGUGUCCGUCGUCAUGCCGUUCAUUCGGUAAACAUGGCGUCGUCCUCGGUGACAUUGUCGCUGCUGCUCCGCCAUUGUCCAGCGCCGCUUGACUGUGAACGGCAGACGGUGCAUUGUUGUGCGGUUGCGGUUACAACGACCCUUUAGAUGGCGGCGAAGCCAGUAUGGUUGCGGACAAUUUUUGCUAACAAAAGCGCAAUGUGUAUGUGCAUUAUCAUUCAUUGAAAGAAGACCAAAAGAGAAGAAAGUAAAAAAGUGAUUUAAGUUUGAUACAUCUUCAUUCGAAAAAGCAAUAAAAAAAUCCAGCACAACUCAUCGGCAGACGAUCCGAAGCUCGGCAAACGAGGUGCGAAGCGACAACAAUAAACGAUUGAUCAAAGCGAAUGCCCUUUUUCGGUCGAAUUGGGUGAACAAGUCCCGAACGAGAUUUGAUGCCGAUCGAAUCGAACCGGAGGAAGAAGAGAGGAAGGAGAAGAGGAGGUGAAAACAAAAUCAAAACAAAAUUAGACACACCAUCUUACCACACCAAACACAGCAACGGCGUAUCGAUUAGGGAGGGUUUUCGCUGUUAAGAGGGUGUGCGUUACCGAUAGAGAGGGUUCGUCGCUUGCUUCAAUGAAAGCUUCGUUGUGUCUAUUGUGUGAGAACAAGUGUGUUAAAGUGUUAAGGUGACCCCUCUGUACCUGCUGCUACUGCUACAAAAUUAGCAGGCUCAGCUGUGUCAUUUGAUACUUCUUGAAGGUGCGUUCGUUCAACCCUUUUUUGCGUGUUUCAAGUGCCUGCGAGUGUGUCUGUCUAAAGGUGAAGUCUUUCAUCCCAAGUGAAAAGUAUCCUUUCGAGUCCUUUAAUCUCAAAGUGCAUUUUUAACUCAAGUGCAUCACGGGCGAGGAAAGUGUGGGGUGAGUUUGCAAGGGGGGCGUGCGGAAGAGUCACAGAAAAAGGUCGAACUCCUCAGCUUCCAAACAGCAACUACCAAGGCGGUUCAGUUUCGGCUCCAACGACGACGCGGUAGAAUUGGAAGAGGAAAGGUUCCGACGGCUCUAUUUUGAACCGGUUCGUGUACCUCUCUCUGUAUGUGUAUGUGUGUGUGCUGUCGUCUAUGCUUAUGUAAGUGUGUAUGUGUGUGUGGGUAUGCGUGACGAGUAAACACACGCCGUAGCAGGAAGAUCGUCGCUGUGCAUCGAAUUGCGGAAUUACUUGCGCAGAAUAGCAAUUGCGCAAAAGCGCAAAACGUUCACCGGGCGAAAGGGAAAAACAAGGGAACCGAGCCGCCGCGGGCUUCGGUUUGUGAGUCGAGCAGGAGGAAAAGGAGAUUGCAAAAAGUGCAUCGUUUUUCUGGCCCCGGUGUUGUGUACGCGCGCGCGUGUCUGUGUGUGUGUUUGCCUGUGUUGUGAAGUAAAACAGCGGCGACGAGAACAAACUUCAAGCAGCGCAGCUUCGAUUACGCAGGUUCCCAAGCCAGCCCCUCAAGACACUCACUCCGACAAAGCUGCUGGAUAAGCCAGUGUUUUCCUUCUAUAAUUUCUAUAGUGCUGCUUCCAAACCGUCCCAAGCGAACGCAGAGAGGACAGGACAGGCGAUGCGAAACGGGAUCCGGCCGCUCUAGAACCCAGACAUGCAUAAUGAGCCGACCCUGCAGCCUGCGAGGGAGAAGCCACUCCCGAACACCAUCGACAACACGCCGGCCGCCGGCGCCACCGCCACCGCCACCGUCGUGCCCCACAUCAACGGCAAUGGUGCAGUACCGCACGACCCAACCCGUACACCGCUGCACGAGGCAGCCGCCGGCGGCGACGAAACAAAAGUGGAAACGCUACUGGCCGCCGGUGCCGACCGUAACGCAAAGGAAUCGGUGCACGGCAAUACACCGCUGCACGAGGCCUCCUGGAAGGGGUACAGCCGGUGCGUGAAGUUGCUGUGCGCGCUGCCCAAAACGAAACCAUCGUCCGGCGGCACGGGCAAGUCGGGCCUGUCGCUCGAUCUGCUGAAGGACGCGACCAAGAUCAAGCACGCGCUGCACGACACGAAGGGAGCGCUGCACAGUGCGCUGCUGGGGACGCGCAACUUUGGCGGCUUUUCCGCGCUGCAUCUGGCCGCCCAGAACGGGCACAACCAGAGCUGCCGGGAGAUAUUGCUCGCAGGGGCUGAUCCCGAUGUGCAGAAUAAUUACGGUGACUCACCGCUGCAUACCGCGUGCCGGUACGGACAUGCCGGUGCCAUUCGGAUCCUGCUGUCGGCCAAGUGUGACUUUGAGCGGAUCAACCUGAACGGUGACACGGCGCUACAUAUUGCCUGUGCGAUGGGCCGUCGCAAGCUGACAAGGAUUCUGCUUGAGGCCGGCUGUCGGCAAGACACCAAAAAUGCUCAGGACGAAACCCCUCGGGACAUUGCACAGCGCAAAAACUUGGUGGAAAUCCUCAACAUCCUCAACACACCGGUCGACCUGUCCGCCAGACGAUCGCGGGAACGUUCGAGCAGCAGCUCCCAGCACCAGCGCAACAAAACCGAAGCCCUCGCGAACGGCGGUGCCGCCGUUCGUCACAAAUCACCCGCCCACGACCACGCCGGGAAUGAGCGCCGUUCCCGAAGCAAGGACGAGGCCGGCCGCAAGUCUGGCCGACGGAGCAACUCCAACGAUGAGACCCGGGCCGAUGCAAUCGAUCCGAAGCACUGGUCACCGUACGGGUGCCACUACUUUCCCGAUCCGCGCAACUUCCCGUCGCCCAAGCUGGAAACGCUGCCGAAGGAACCGCUCGGCAAUGGGGAGCAGUACUUCCUCGACCUGGCCGGCAACAUCCGGAAGGGCCCGGUGGGCGUCGGCAACACGUGCUACUGUGCGCCGUUCUUCAAGCAUCUGGAGCAGCGGAUGAACCAGAACCGGAGAAGCAUACGGAAGUACGUGCACCGGGCGACGGAGAAGCUGGACAGCCGGAUGACGGCGCUGGCGAUGCGUACCGACGAUCAGAUAGAGGAGCUUACCAAAUCGAUGAUAGCGAGUCGGGUGCAGUGUGAGAACAAGCGGCUCCAUCUGGAGCAGUGGCUCAAGCGAGGCAUCGCGGAACGGUCCACCACCACGGCGACCUCGGGCGGGUUGGAGCACAGCAACAGCAAAACCAAAAAGGACGAGGCUAACACCAACACGCUCACGCGCUGCCGCAGCCUAGAGCUGCUGGACGACCAUGACGCGAUGCUGCUGGCGAACGGUGUCGACGGGUUGGUCGACGAUCAGCUGCGCAAGGCUUCGACCCCCACGCGGCAGCUGUUCUCGCGCAGCAUUGACUUCCUCGAUGCGGCCACUAACGGUGAUUCCGACCACCAUCAUGCCCAUCGUGCCCAUCGGCAGCAACAUCAGCAGCAACAGGAGCUGGAAAGUCAUCUGCGAUUGCUGCAGUAUGCCGCCGCCGCCGCCGCCGGUGGCCAUCAGUCGGAUGCGCUCGAAAGCUCCAACAACUCCAACAUGAAGAACCACUCGGAGUCGGCCGAAACGCCCCCCAUACCGGCGGACGGGGUAGGAGGCAUACGGAUAUCACGCCGGCCACGCUCUUCCUCCAUGUCCGGGCGGGAAAGCUACUCCUACUCCUCCGACAACAACAAGGACAAUGAUCGUGAGAAGCCACCACGGCUGGUGAACGGAGGCCACGAGCUGAAGGGCGUUAAAAAGCGCUCCCUCUCCUCUAUGCCAACCUCAUCCACACCGACGUCGGCCAUCUCUUCGAAUGGGGCGGCACCGUCCGCAACGGCCAAGAGCGAAAAAGCCAAAGUCACGGAACGGCUCGAGGAGCUGCUGACCAAGACGAAAAAGAUCCUCGAACUGGAAAAGAUGACAAAGGGUGGUGGUGGUGGUGGUGGUGCUGGUUUAGUAUCUUCUCCCCUCCUCGCCACCCAUCCAAACACGGCCAUCACACCGACGACGACGACGGCAGCGACCGACAAUCGGUACGUGCUUGCGUUAGACAAACUGCGCGACAUCCAUCACUACGAACCACCGUCAGCUUCGAGCGGCUCGAAGCCUCUUGGACGUUCCGCCCGCGACUCGCCCGGGUACGAUAUCGCACAGGAGAUGGAGAAGAUCACCAAAUCACUGUUACCUGCCGCUCCGGUGUCGCCGGAAAUUGCGAAAGACAUUACCACGCGCAAGGAGCGCCCGACGACCGUACUGUACGCGUCCUCCUACCACCAACAGCAGAGCGCUCGACGCACCACACCGCAAGGCUCGUCACCACUGUCCACAACGCCACUGUCCACAACGCCACUGUCCACGAUGUCUCCCAGCUCGUCGUUGCUCGGUGGACAGACGGCUCCUUCGCGCAGCUCACCCUUGUUCGGGGCCGAUCAUCGGCAACAUCAUCAUCUCGCCUCGACCAACUUCAUGGAGGACCAGCCGAGGGAAGAGCAGACGCGAGGAGAGGUGACCGCGACGAUGGGUGUGCUCAUGAAUGGGUUCUACUCGAACAGCUGCUUCGAGGAGGGGCCGCCCAGCUCCUCCAACAACACCACGAUCAAAUCGGUUGGACCAAGCAGGCAGCAGCAUCGACAAUCGGAAGAGGAGGAGGAGGAGGAGGAGGAAGAUGAAGAGGAAGAAGAAGAUGAAGAGGAAGAAGAGGAAGCAAAGGAAGACGAGGAGGAGGAAGAGGAGGAACACGAUGAGGAAGAUCUGUCCGACCGGUGCGAUCUAUCGGCGAUGGCGAAUUUGGCCGAGCUGAAGGAGCUCAAGAGCCGCAUCCUGAACGGGACGAACUGGCGCAGUCAGGUGCUGCAGAAGAGCGUCCAGGAGCUGCUAAGAAGCGGCGAGGGAGGAGUGGACACUGAUGCUGGACCAUCGGAGCAAGACGCGUCCCAAACUCUGGGUGAAACGAAUCGUGUCAAGUACAUCAUCUCGAAGCUGCAGCAGAGUGGCAUUACUGGCGGUGAUGUGGCGGUCCGUACGCAGCAACAUCAAGUGCCACCGAUGGCACGCUGUGAAGACUUUUCCGACAGCAGUAGCGAAGAGGAGGAGGAGGAGGAGGAAGAGGAACGACAGCACGAGCAGGUCGAUCAUGAUGAGGAUUGUGUCGAUGGACCACCGCUGCCGAUGAACGGCGGCGAGCUGGACCCGGAAAAGCCGGCCACAAUCGGAACAGCGAAAACGCUCAUUCAGCUUUACGAACAAUCAUCCUCGACGGCCGUAAAUGGUGGUGGCGCCAUCGGGAAGCCAGCGCCGGCAAACGGUCCAACUUCCUUCGCCAGUGUACCAAAGGAUGCGUAUUUCCACGAGCUGCCGGCGAGGAAGUUACUACCGCCGCCGGAAUUAAGCUCCAUGGCGGGAUUGACGUCAUCGCGCGUCCAUCAAACGGCUAGGAGUCGCAAUCCACUUCCGUCCUAUCUGCUGCAGGAAGGGGCAGGCGAGCUAUUCCAGCAACAAGCUGGAGAUAUUCUCGAACAGCAGCAACAGCAAGGUUACUUUGAUGAGUUGCACUUCCAAAGCCAUCAUCGAUCGCCUGUGACGGCGAUGAGUUCGUAUCCCAUUCCGGCCGAUGGCUUCCUUCCGCCAGUGGGACUACCGACCCCGGUCAACCAUCAUCACCAUCAUCCACACGGACAUAGUCAACUCCAGCAGCAGCAGCAGCAGCAACAGCAGGAGAAGCUCCUAUCGACCCGCAAGUACAUGAAUCCUUCCUCCGCCGUAUCGCUCGCCAGCACGGGAACUCCUUCGCCCGAAUUCCCGCUCUAUCAUCAGCAACAGCAGCCAAUGCAACCGAGCAGCAGCAGCACCACCAUCACCCCACAACCUUCAUAUCCCGGUUCCGCCGGUACCGCCUCCGUCAUCGGUGGCCAUUCGCACGCAAUGAUGACGAUGAUGGCCGCCGCUGCUGGCCGCAAAUCGGUCGAUCAGCUCUCCUCGAACGGGGAAGACUCGGGCUACGUGAGCGGAAAGGUGAGCGAAAUUCACAUCCCGAGCGGUGGCGCCAGUCCGCUGCUUUCGGUCGGCGCGAGCAACGUCCUCAUCAUACCGCCGCCGGCUUCAUCCGGCUCGCCGAAACACUUCCUUCCGUCGUACCCGGGCCAUCAUCAUCACCAUCAUUCUCCGCUCGUGCCGGCGAUGCAUCAGCGUGGGAAUGGGACGCCACCGCACCAGCAUGGCAGCGUGGUGACUUCGAUCGUUCCGCCACCGGUUGGGCCCGGUGUACCGCCGCCCGCGGGGAUGCACCCAACGACGGGGCAAACGACCGCCCAGCUACACGCCGCCGUAGAGCAGAAGCAGCAAGCGCUCUACAAGCUGGGAGCGUCGAGCUUGGUCUAAGUAGGCGUUCGUCACUUGUGUACAGGUAGAAAAGGCAGAAUGUUUAAUAAUCGCUCUAGCAAUGUAAGCACGGGGUGGCCUUGAAGGACCGCUGCUCCUUCCGGUCCACAUCUCCCCCGUAUCUCUCUUCUUUACGAUGAUAUUAAAUUAUUUUUUCUUUUACGUACGGUUGUAAUUAUUAUUUAGAACGCGCUCCUAGCGUGUCCUGUGUGUAGCCCUGUGUUACUGGAGCAUGUGUUUUCUCGUUUUAUGAAACAAGGAAGAAGUGGCCAACUUAAAGAAAAGCGGAGGGUGAAAUGCUGUUGGUCGAAGUGCGAUAUAAAUAAAGCUCCUUUUAAACCUGAAAAUAUAAUUACGACGUGUUGGUGUUUUGCCGAUUUAUCUGACGAUCUGAGAAUCUUCCCCAGAAGGAGAUCCGAAAUGUUUCAGCCAAUCCAAACGAUCAAGUAGGCCAUCCCUUCUCUUAAACAAUUUACACCACAUUGGUCAUCACCUUUGAAAAUUCAACUGCUAAAAACCAUCCUCGAAUUAUUGUAUGUUUCAUCGCAUAUUUAAUACUAAACAGGUAUAGAGUAGAGAGUGUUGAAUGAGUUUUCGCUAACGUCUGUGUGCGUAAAAAUUGCCGAACAACAAAAGCUCUCGUUUUUCGGGGGUAUGGGGAGGGCGGAAGGUGAACAACUAACUCACCCAUCGCGCCCACUACCUAUCUAACUAGCGUAUCGUGAUUCGUUUUUUGUUUAUCUUUUAACUUCUUCGACUAUUUAACCAAAUUUUGAAUCCUAUGUUUUUCUUUGUUAAUCGAAUAAUUGGUUCUUCAACAGAGUUUGAGCAGCUGUUGCCCUAUCGCUCACAGUUAACGUACACGCACACAUACAGUAGCAGACAUACACUAUUAUUUCACGUCUCUAAAUGUCGUUUUUAAAAGCCUUCUUUCAAAGAAAGCUACGAAACACGAGUUCUUUACACAUUUGUUUUCUUUUGUUUCCUGUUUUGUUGCUUCGUUACAAAUGGGAUUUUGUCUUAAAAAUUUUCUGUACAUCUUAAUAGGGGAGUGAGGUUGGCUCGUCUUAGCUUUCUAUCGCUCAUUCCUCUUAUUUCUUUUUUUUUUU